AUGGCACACCUCAAAACGCCCAGGUUUGGAAAGAUAGACAAGCAGCAUUGGAACCAUUCCGGCGACAUUGCUAGAGCGGUUCUGGCAGAAUUCCUGGGUACGGCGCUGUUCGUCUUUGUUGGGGUGGGCUCAACCAUUUCAACAGGAACGCCCCGGGAGACCAAUGGGGGCACCGUCACAACCGACGCGAGUUUUGUCGCGCAAAGCAUCGCGUAUGGGCUGACGCUGGUCGCUAUCGUGGCGACCUUUGCCGACAUUUCGGGGGGGCACUUCAACCCGGCUGUCUCGGCGGCGUUCUUCGUCACCGGGAAUAUGAGCUUCCUCAGAACGGCCGCUUACAUCAGCGCUCAAGGCUGGCUGAUGGAGACAAUUGUCACGUUCGCCCUGAUCUUCGUCAUACUCGGUACCAUGGCCGAAAAAGAGAAGGCUGUUCCGCUGGCGCCCAUUCCGGACGGCUUCAUCGUGGCCGGGACCACGAUCUGCGCGGCGCGCUUCACGAGCUUCACGGACCCCGUGCUCAGCUUCGGACCGUCCGUCGUCUUUGGGGAGUGGAGGCAUGGCCAGCACUGGCUCUACUGGAUUGGUCCUAUUGGGGGUGGCAUCAUUGCUGGGCUGGCGUACGAGCUCGUCUUCCUCUGCGCGCGCAAGAAAGGAGACGAGGCAGAUGUGAACGACACUGAGGCAGCGGAUCAGGGCGUCGGCCAGAGCGUCCAGAACCAGCCGUCACGCACGGCGCGCCCGACGCGCGCGCGCGCGCACGAGCCCGAAGUCAAGGUUGCUCUUCCGUCUGGCGCUGUGUAG